GGCUAAUCCUCUUAGGAUCUGCGAGAGAGAUAAGUUGGGGCGGUUUUGUCAAACAAAUUGCAUACAGAGAGCAUCGUUAUCGAAAUGUUUUUUAUUUAUCUGCAAUUAAGAAAACAUGGAUGACAAGUUAGGAACAGGGCUAUACACAGGAGCAGUGUUUUUAACGAUUAGGAAGAACGAAGUGGAACGAUAAUCCAGCCUCAACUCGGGACUUAUGUUUGAGUUAAGGUCUUUGUGUCUUAAAGCGAAUUAACUGUUAUAUUGAUAAAUUAGGUACGGCCACAUCACGGAGGAAAAUGGAUUUUAACGCCGCACUGGAGACAUUUGCGGAGGCUUGGGUGGUAGCAAACACUCCAACAGCAGUAUCGAACCCCGAAAAACAGAAGGCAAAAAGUACAGAUGAGUUACCUACCAUGUUGCUAAGGGAACAAAUAGCCACUGGUUCACAGGAAGUCAAAUCUGCCAGUCCGAAGAAAACUGACACAAAUAGCACACAAUUAGCAAAUGCAAAGUCACUACCAAUACAUUGUGUUAUAGAGCAGAUUAACGGAGUUCCAUCAUUUGAUAAUACUUCUAGUCUAACAGCAGUUCCAGAUAACAUUGAAUUAGACAGCUACGCCAUUUUACCUAACUCUACACUAUUACAGGAUUUAGUCCGAGCAGCACUUCUUAAACUUGGCUACAGUUCUGUUGAUGCAAUCAACGCUAAAGGUGCAAUACAGAUUAAGAAAUGGAAACCUCUAUGUUUUGAUUCUAUUUCCGAUAAUACUCAGGCUACCAUAGAAGAUAUACUUGGUGAAUUAACGAACGUCGCUACAUUACGUAUUAGAUUAGCCAGCACUGAUAUGUUAUUACUACCAAAUGAAUGGAAUGAUCACGCUGUCAGGCGAGCUGUACAUAUUCUGUUAAAAGAAAUGAAUCAACUUACAUUGGGCAAAUUAUCUCCCCUUUGCCAGUCAAUGAUAUCUAAUAUUAUAUUUUGA